UUUUUUAUGCUAUCCUCCGAACUUUAAUGCUUCGUUAAUUCCCGUAAACCUUACAGAGAAUGAAUAUUUACAAAUGCUUCAACCAAACGGCGACGAUCAUUGCUCUGUAUAUAACAAUAGUUUUAUUGAGACAUAUACAACACCACCAAGUAAUUCAUCAAAACUAGAGUGUUCUUAUGGACGGAAAUUUCUGACGGAAAAGUUUUCUUCGGUUGUAAGCGAGUUUGAUUUGGUAUGUGAGAGAAAAUGGUUAAAAUCCACUUUGCAGUCAGUUUAUUUUGCUGGUUAUCUUGUUGGUUCAAUUGUAUUUGGGGCCUUAUCAGACAGAUUUGGUCGGAGACCCAUUUUAUUAUUGGCAAACAUAUGCCUAGUCGUCAGUGGAGUUAUCAAAAUCUUCGUACCAUCUUUGAUUAUUUUUCUCAUUCUCCUUUGGAUUCAAGCUGCUGGACACGUCGCCUUUAUACUUGUCGCUUUUGCAUUGACUGUGGAAUCUGCGCCUUCAAAACUACGUACCCUUAUUAGUUUUUGGUACGCGUCUCUAUAUUCGUCAGGAAUAAUAUUUGUAACAGUGUUUGCCUAUGUUAUAUCCGACUGGCAUUAUUUAGAAUUGAUAAUUUGCCUCCUGCCUAUAACCAAUUUUUUCAUUUGGAUGUUUCUCCAUGAAUCUCCACGAUGGCUGAUUGGCAGAAAACGGUUUACAGAAGUAAAAGCACUUUUUCGAAAAAUAAUGAAGAAAAAUAAAAAAGAACACCUGGAGAUGUUAGAUAUUUUUACAAAUAACGAAGAGGAGACUUUAUUCAAGAAUAGUUUCCAAGAAAAUAUAUCCGAAGGAAAAGAUUUACUCGAAGUAAAGAAUUAUACUUUUAUUGAUCUAUUUAAAACACGGUGGAUUGCAUUAAUCACACUUAAUAUUUGCUUCUGCUGGAUGGUCUGCAGUAUGUUAUACUACGGUGUACUCCUUAAUUCCGUUGAUAUGGCUGGAAACCGCUACAUAAACGUCCUUUUGAUGCAAAUUGUGGAAUUCCCCAGCUUCUUACUUUCUUAUUAUUUGUUUAAACGUUUUGAUCAUCGCAAGACUAUUUGUCUCCUUAUGAUAUUAAGUGGAUUAAAUUACAUUGUAUCAAAUUUUGUAACCGAAGGUAAAGUAUAUCACAGAUACGAACGUUCCGUACCCAAUAACAGAACGUACUCACCAUAUUCUUUCUGGAUUUUAAUAUACCAUGAGAUUGUACGCUCAGUUUAUUGUACAAUCAAUAAAUCCAUGAUAGAAUUACUUUCUCAAGUUACAUUAUUUAGAUUCGAUAUUUUGUCUGUUUUAUCUUUGGUGAAUUCAUUUGCUCAACAAUUAUAUCUCUGUUAG